AUGAUUGCAAACUUCAUGAUGCCUUCGAUAUCUUUGGCGUCGGACUUCGAGGAGUGGAUGGCAGGGUGUGCGCUCUCAUUCGGUGGCAAGAGACAUAGUGGGGAGCCAAUUCCGAACAGGGAAUUCCUACCAGGGAAUGCAUGGAAGUUAUUCGAGCAAGAGCCUCGACCAACCCCAGCUCCUGAGAGUCCAAUCAGCCUCCGCCAGCCAUUCAUCAACCAAUUAACCCCUCCAAAGGGCGACUUCUCAUCUGGCUCUUCCACUCCAAGCGGCUCUCCACGAGCACGAAGCUCUUCUGGUUCCUCCUACAAUUCUCAAUAUCCUAUACCACCAGCCAAGGCCGACCCUCUCUUCGUUACUGAGUUCUUCGAAGUCUGCAAAUCUCCCAAAGGUGGAUAUGGAGCGUUUGCAACCAAGGAUAUUGAAGUGGGGACGGUGAUUAUGUCCGAGGAGCCAGCAUUCCGUGCAACAUUCGGAGAGGUAUUCUACAUGUAUGAAGGCUUGACGACGGAACAAAGAGUGGAGUAUAGAUCUCUUCAUGGGUGGUCAGCAUUAGCGCACAAUAGAAUUCUGUCGAUCUUCAAGACCAAUCGUUUCGAACUUUCAGGAACCAGAUGUGGAAUCUUUCUCAAGUCUUCUCGAUUCAACCAUGCCUGCCAUCCGCAUGCUACCUGUACUUACAAAUGGAAUGAAGAGCUCGGUCAGAUGGUGUUCACAUCUAUCAAUCCAAUGAAGGCGGGAGACGAGAUCACUAUUCAAUACUGCGCAAAUCCUGCAAAACUCUACGAUAACUACGGGUUCUACUGUGAUUGCCCUUCGUGCCCUGAUCCAACAAAGACCGCAGCUCAAGACCGCAAGCGUCGACUAGGCUGGUGA